AUGGGAAGCAAAGAUCUCAUUCCAGAGCCUGCAGCAGAGCAGACGUAGGUCUGCAGCAAUCCAACACCUGGAGAAGGAGGCUGUGGCUGUCCCCGACCUCCGCUUGCAGCUGGAGCCAUGAGGUUUGCAGCUCCACUGCCUGUCCUGCUGCUCCUCGUCCUGCACCUCGCAGCUGGGGCAUCUGCAGCGCUGACUUAUGUGGUCACGUCCCCAGCUGUGAUCUACCACCCCUACACAGCGAUGCUGUGGGUCCAUCUCGGCGGCCUCCAGGAGCCCGUCCACGUGACCAUCCAGCUGCAGAGAGUGGACAGGACCCAAAACAUCACCCUGCUGGAGAGGAAGGUCCAGGAGCCUCAUCUGUACCUGAACAUCCCCUUCCCCGCUCCAGCCCCUGCCCGAGGGAAGGAGGACAUCGUAGACCUGCACAUCUCAAUCCAGGGAGAUUCCCUGGAUGUCUCCAAGAAGAAGAAGGUGAUGCUGAGAGCCCUGGAGCCUGGGAUCUUCAUACAGACAGACAAGCCUGUCUACAAGCCUGGGCAGCAAGUGAAGUUUCGAGUUGUCUCUUUGGAUAAAGACUUCACGCCCAGCAGUAAGAAGCUGCGCCUUGUGCUCCUGAAGGAUCCCAGCGGGAACCGCAUCGCACAGUGGCGGGAGGUGAGCCCCCGGCAGGGCAUCGUGGACCUGGCCCUCCCGCUGGCUGCAGAGCCGGCCCUGGGCACGUACACCAUCGAGGUGGACGGGAAGAGGCACUCCUUCAGCGUGGAGGAAUAUGUGCUGCCCAAGUUUGAGAUGACCAUUAACAUCCCUGCUGUGGUCCUGGAGAAGGACAAGAAAUUCCAGAUGGAGAUUUGUGGACGGUACACCUAUGGGAAGCCCGUCCAGGGGAAGGUCCAGGCCAACCUGUGCCAGCCCUUCAGGCACAUCAGGACCCGACACAGACUUCAUCGUGCCCCCAAGAAAGAGAUGAACUGCAUCGAGGUCGGAGGGCAGACCGAGAAGAACGGCUGCUUUUCAACAGAGGUUUUGUUGACUGCCUUCAACAUGACUGGCUCCAUGUAUCAGAAGCAAUUCCAAGUCCAGGCAUCGCUGGUGGAGGAUGGGACAGGGCUGGAGCUGAACAGGGACGCCUGGGGCAUCUCCCCUUCUGUCCCGGUGCAGAUGCUGCUGAAGGGAGCCGACGGCACCGUGCUGCCACAGGAGCAGCUCUUGCUCAUCGUUAGCCAGCAAGGAAGAGAUACAAGACAGACCUUCCUGACAGACAGAUCGGGGAGAGCCUCCUUUGAGCUGGACACCUCUACUUGGGGUGGAGUAGUCUUCCUGCGUGGUCAAGUCAACAAGACAGCUCACACCCAGGACGACAGCUCGACGCUCGUCUACCAAGAUGCCUAUGCAUACAUCAGCUCCUUCUUUUCAGCAAGCAGGAGCUUCCUACAGAUUCGCCAGCUGGAGAGCGAGCUGCCCUGUGGCCAGCCCCAGCAGCUCUGGGUGGAUUACGUCUUCAGCAAGGAGGCCUUGAAGACUCAGCUGGAGAGCCUGGAUGUGGUCUUCCUGGUCCUGGCCAAGGGGACCAUUGCCACCGUCCUCAGGAAAGAGCUGCCUGCAGGGGCUGGGCCGAGAGGUUCCAUCUCCCUGGAGCUGCCCAUCGGCCAUGAGCUGGCACCCAAAGCCAAGGUGCUGGGCUACGCGGUGCUGCCCAACAAUGAGAUGGUGGCUGACAGCAUUGAGCUCAAGGUGGCCAAGUGCUUCCCCAACAAGGUGAAGAUGGCUUUUUCGGAGGACAGGGCUCUGCCCGGCUCGGCACUGCAGCUGGACCUGGAGGCUGCUGCAGGGUCCCUGUGCGCCGUCCGUGCUGUGGACCGCAGUGUGCUGCUCCUGAAGCCCAAAGCUGAGCUCAACGCAGAGGCGGUCUACAAAGUACUCCCUGAAUUUGACUACCCUGAAAGAAUCCGGGACCCGCUACCCUGUUCAGAAUUUUCCCUGGACUAUCCCCCCGAUUUUGACAUUCCCUUCGCCCCAUUAGAACUGAGACGUGGCUUUGAUUCCCGUAUCACAUAUAGGCUGAAAGAAAGUUCUGUCCCAGAAGCAGUGAACCAUGGUGCCCCAGAAGUAAUGCAUGGUCGUUCCCCAGUCAUGGCUGUCCAGGAAGAGCCACCAGUCCAGGAAGAGUCACCAUCACCCCGGAUGUAUUUCCCAGAGACGUGGCUGUGGGACCUGGUCCCUGUGGGGGAGGGGGGCUCUGCGGAGGUGACGGUGACAGUGCCCGAUGCCAUCACUGAGUGGGAAGCCGGGAUGUUCUGCACGGCCCCGCUGGGCUUGGGGCUGGCCCCUGCCAUCACCCUCACGGCCUUCAAGCCAUUCUUCGUGGAGCUGGCGCUGCCCUAUGCUGUGGUCCGCCACGAAGCCUUCACCCUCGUGGCCACAGUCUUCAACUACCUGCGGCAGUGCCUGCAGGUUCAGGUGACACUGGCAGAGUCGGCGGAGCUGGAGGUGUCGGUGGGCGCAGACGAGGCAUACAGUGGUUGCAUCUGCACAGAUGAAGCGAGGACCUUCCGAUGGGGCGUGCGAGCCACCAGCCUGGGGGAGGUGAACAUCACCGUCAGCACUGAGGCCCUCAGCACCAAGGAGCUCUGUGGCAACGAGAUGCCUGUGGUGCCAGCCCAGGGGCGUGUGGACACCGUGAUAAAGCCCUUGCUGGUGCAGCCUGGGGGGAUCCUGGUGGAGAAGGCACACAACUCUCUGCUCUGCCAGGAAGACACUGAAGAAGUCUCCCUGGAGGUUCCUGCAAACAUCUUGGAGGGCUCCCAGCGAGCCCACAUCACCGUGAUGGGCGACAUCAUGGGCAAUGCUCUGCAGAACCUGGACCGCCUCCUGGCCAUGCCCUAUGGCUGUGGGGAGCAGAACAUGGUCCGCUUCGCCCCCAACAUCUACAUCCAGCAGUACCUGGAGAAGACCGGGCAGCUGGACCCCGACAUCCGCGCCAAGGCACAGGGCUUCCUGCAGAGCGGGUACCAGCGAGAGCUGCUCUACAAACACGAUGAUGGCUCUUACAGCGCCUUCGGGAAGAAUGAUGCCGGGGGCAAUACCUGGCUGACAGCGUUUGUCCUCAAGUCUUUCGGGCAAGCCAGAGCCUACGUGGCCAUUGAGGAGCGGCACAUCACGGACGCGCUGCUCUGGCUGCAGAAGCAGCAGAAGAAGACGGGCUGCUUCCGCAGCGUGGGGAAGCUCUUCAACAACGCCCUGCAGGGUGGCGUCUCGGACGAGCUCUCGCUGUCAGCUUAUGUCACGGCUGCAAUGCUGGAGCUGGGGCUGUCCCCAACGGACCCGAAGGUGAGCUCAGCCCUGCAGUGCCUGGAGGCUGCGGACACCGACGACCUCUACACACAGGCGCUGCUUGCUUAUGUUUUUGGGCUGGCGGGACUCAGGGAGCAGCAGCAAACCCAGCUGCAGAGCCUGGCCAAGCACAACGCCAGCACAGACGGGCAGCUCUACUGGCGGAGGAAGGUGAAGGCUCUGCCCAGCUCCCAGUCCUCCUGGGCUGCUGCUGCGUCGGCAGAGGUGGAGAUGACCGCCUACGUCCUCCUGGCCUACCUCUCCCAGCCCCAAGUGUCCUCUGCCAACCUGAAGAUCGCUUCCCAAAUUGUCCGCUGGCUCAGCAAGCAGCAAAACCCCUACGGUGGCUUCGCCUCCACACAGGACACUGUGGUGGCCCUGCAAGCCCUGGCCAAGUACGCCUCCCUGACAUACAGCAACAACAGUGACUUCAUGGUGACGGUGACGUCCCCGAUGGGCACCGAGCAGAAAUUUACCCUGCACAGCAGCAACCGGCUGGUGCUGCAGCGGGCGGCUCUGCACGAGCUGCCGGGGACGUACAGGGUGCGAGCCCACGGGCAGGGCUGUGCCCUGGUGCAGGUGACCCUGCGCUAUAAUGUGCCGCCCCCUCCGAGCACGGGGGCAUUCGACCUCCACGUGGAGACGGAGCCCAGGGAGUGCACCAGGGAUGCCCGCACCCACUUCCGCCUCCUCCUCCGGGCACGGUACACUGGGGAGCGUCCCGCCACCAACAUGGUUGUCAUUGAGGCCAAGCUGCCGUCUGGCUACAUCCCGGACAAGAGCUCUGUGGUGGAGCUGAAGAAGCAGAGGCUGGUGAAGAAGGUGGAGGUGGAGCCCGCCCAGGUGACGAUUUACCUGGACCAGCUGACAAAGGAGGAGGAGACCUUCGCCUUUGCCGCCACACAGGACUUCCCAGUGAGGAACCUCCAGCCGGCCACCGUGACGCUGUAUGACUACUACGAGACGGAUGACCGCACGGAUGCUGCCUACAGUGCACCUUGCAGCUCAGGACCCACCAGAGCCACAGCCAAGGGACUGAUGCAGACCCACGGGCAGAGUCUGCUCUGCAAGCCCCUGCCCCAGGUACUUGACUUUGGCUGA